UUUAGUUUAGUUAGAGAGUUCGAGUCUGAGUCCCUCUGAGAAGUAAAACCCUCUCUGAACAGAAUCCUGAGGCAGUAAUGGCGUUCAUAGAGGACGGCAUCGACCUGGACGCGUCGGACUUCGCGGCGUCAGUUCCGCUGAAGAAGGUCCCAAACGGGGACGUGUUCGAGGCGUCGAGGGCGGGGGACGUGGAGCGGCUGCGCUACCUGCUGGAGUCUGGUGUCAAUGUGAACGCCCGCGACCAGUGGGACUCCGUUGCUCUCUACUACGCCUGCCUCGCCGGCCACCUCGACGCUGCCCGCAUGCUUCUCGAGAGCGGCGCCAUCUGCUCCGAGCACACCUUCGACGGCGACCGCUGCCACUACGCCGCCCUUAAUCUCAAAGUCCGCAAACUCCUCAAGGCCUUUGAGGCCCGCCCCCCUCCCUUGGCCCCCUUGCAGGCCGCCCUCCGUGACACCUUCCUUUCCUCCCCCGCUAACCGCUCCUUCUAUGACCUCUCAGACACCGACUUUCAUCUUCCGGGUAUUUCAUCCACCCAGGGAUCCAGCCGUGGCUAUUUUCCUCCAGAUGUAGUUUUUAUUGUACAUGGAAGGCCUAUUGAAGCUCACAGAGUCAUAUUAAGCGCAAGGUCACCAUUUUUUAAGAAAAAGUUUGAGACUGAUUGGAAAGAUCGCAGUGAAGUGAGAUUGCCACGGGAAAAAUUGUCAUAUCCUGCACUCUACAGCCUUAUACACUUCUUUUAUUCGGACAGAUUAGAGAUUGCCGUGGAUGACAUGGAAGAUCUUGUGAGAAUCUGUAAAGUAUGCAACCUCGAAUCACUGCAGAAAAUUCUCGAGAAAGAAGUCAUUCAUCAAAAGUAUGCGGAAUAUAAAGCGUUGAAGGAUGUAGAUAAUUCACAGAAACGAUACAUUUUGCAAGGUCUGUCCCUUCCUGUAGAAGACAGGCUUCCUGCAGCCUUGCACCUAAUCCUUCAAACUGCCCUUUCAAAUUCAACCCUUGGAAACGGUCAAGAUGAUGCAGUUGAUAAAUUGAUUGCUGGGAUAGGUGCUAUGAAAAUGGGUAGAUCUAUUGAUGAUCUUGCUGAUGUAUGUGUAAGAGUUGAUGGGAAAAAUUUCCGUUGCCAUCAAGUGGUUCUUGCAUCAAGGUCUGAAUAUUUUAAGACAAGAUUGUUGCGUAUGAAGGACUUCCAUGAAGGGGAAGAUGAGUUAUAUUUGGAUUUACUUCCUUGCAUUGAAGAGCAUGAUUUGAGUACAGAUGCAUUUGAGAAAAUGAUUGAAUAUAUGUACACUGAUGGCUUGCAGGAUAUAAACCCAGAUCAGGCUGAGGAAAUGUUUGACGUUGCUUCUAGAUACUUAUUAUUUCCUCUUAAGCGUGCGGUGGCUGAUGUGUUGUUGCCACACUUGGAGAUGGUGUCACCCGAAGAACUAUGCCAUUGGUUAAUAUUAGCAGACCUGUAUGGUGUUUUCAAGAUUCGGGAAUAUUGUCUGGACACCAUUGCUUGUAACUUUGAAACAUUUGCUGAUACCAAAGAGUUCAGGGCAAUGCUGUUGACUUUCCCUCCACCAUCUGGAGACUCCUCUCUUCGUACUACUGUCCCAAGCAUGCCUGGAUCUGAUCUAAAAUCGGAUCAAGGAAACCUUCUCGAUGAUUUGCGCGAGAAAUGGCUUGAAAUUGAAGCUGCUGAGCUCGACAAGAGAGAUGAGAGUGCGUUGCAAUUUGAUAAGCAGCUCGAGAUGCUUAUGCUUGUUGCUGAGCAAGAAAAAUCCGAUAAUUCAGAAGCUGAUGCUGAUGGUAUGGAUGACCUCAAAACGUUGGGUUUGUCUCCAGACAGCACAUUAAUUUCAGGUGAUGCAGAAAGAACUGUGAUAAGUUAAUUGGAAUAAGAUGUAUAGCUUUUCUUUGUCAAAGAUAGUAAGUUAGGUGGCUCGGAGUUCUUAAGUUGGGUUUUUGUAACUUCUGUUGCUCGAGCAUUCAUUUAUUCAUACGGCUCUUUCAUAAUCACUAGGUAAUCUUAGACAUCUUCAAUUCUUAUAGUUAUACGAGUGAGUGCGUGCACUUGUACUUUUCCUUAAGCAAGAUUUGCACCUAAGCGUAAUAAAUAGAGUUCCGAGUUCAGGGGGUGAAAUUAUUGUGCUAUAAAGUAACUUCAUGUGAUCUACAAAUCAAUUCGAUAUCGACUUUAUUAUGUUUCCAAACACACCCUUAUGUAUGGCUCAAAGGAAAUUAAGUUGGUAUUCUUUUUCAAAAACAGAAAACAUGAGAAAUAUUGAAAUUAGAAGAGGCUGAUCUCACGUAUGAUAUAUAAUAAGUUAAUAAAAACAAAUGUUUAAUUGUUUAUUUGUUACUAAAGUAAGUUGUUAAUGCUAUGCAUAUAGACAUAGUGUCUUUAUUUCUGGUCACUGUCUAGCCGGGAUGAGGACCACUCGACCCCGACCUCGGUUUACCCUCAUCAGGUGACCUUAGAUGCUACUCUACAUACUCUCCAUGAUUCACCGAUCAGGCCUAGCAUCGGUAUCAAUGGCCACUGCCACUGAAGUUGACGGUUGCUGUGAUACCAGACUGCUGUUGUCUUUGUCCCCUGUGGCUGAUACUGUCCGGAAGCAUCCCUGCAGCUUCCUUCCACGUGACAUCUGUUCGCCCUGUCUUCACAGGACACGGCUCCCUCAUCUUCUCUGAUCGAGCCAGAGGGAGCUUCUCCUCUUUGUGCUCCUGUUUCGCUUUCAGAGGCUGCGUCUGCUUCAGGUCAGGUUGCUGGAACCUUCAUGGCGGAUCCACCCUGCUCCAUCCUCACCAGGGUUGCAGCAGAAUCCGCCGUCCUUUUCAGUAAAUUAUCAAAAAUGCUAUUUGUAUUUGUAUUCUAACAUGUAUUUUUUACUGGUGACUGAUUUUGGU